CAAGAACUCUGCGCACCUUCAUUACAGCUGAGUCUAUUAAGCAGCAAAGAUGUCGGACGAGGAAGUGCGAGAUGUCGACUCAUCAAGUGGGAAAAAGCGUUUCUUCAGCUUGAAGAGAAAGAAGGGCGGUCGUGGUGCUAAAGGAACGUCUGCUGAGCCUGGAGCUUUGCAAUCGACUUCUCAACCUGCAAGCGAAGCAGGUUCGGUAGUUGAAUGCACGGCAACUGAUGUUUCUCCCGGGUCAACGGCUGGCGAAGUUGCCAAAGCCGGAAAAUGCGCUUUCUUCGCUCUUGAUGUAGAGCUGAAGGAGGGCAAGGACUUGGCUGCUCGGGAUAAAACAGACACCUACCAUGUGGAAUUUGAAGAUGAUGGGGUAUAUCUUAAAAAUAUCCAACGUUCAGGCACCAGCGAUCCUUAUGUGAAAUUUAAGGCUGAUGGACGACAAAUUUACAAAAGUCGUACCAUCUCAAAAAAUCUCAAUCCUCAAUGGAAUGAAAAAUUCUGUGUUCCUAUUGAGGAUAUCACAACACCAAUGGUUUUGAAGGUGUUUGACUUUGACCGUGUUGGUAAUGAUGACCCCAUGGGCAGAGCAGUUGUAGACCUAUCCAAUCUGGAAGUUGAAAAACCAACAGAAAUGGAAUUGGAUCUUGAAGGGGAAGAUGGUGAAAAUCUUGGCAAAGUCCUAGCCAUAUUCACAGUGUCUCCAAAAAAUGUUGAAGACAGGCAAGAGAUUGUACGACGAGCUUCAAACAGGAAACCAGCACCUGGUGCUAAAGGAGAUGCCAAGGGUGUCCCAACACAGUUGUGGGAUGGAAUAGUAUCAAUCAUCUUAGUGGAGGGAAAGAAAAUGAUUCCUAUGGAUGAUUCAGGUCUCAGUGAUCCCUACUGCAAAUUCCGUCUUGGGAACGAAAGGUACAAGAGCAAAGCUUGCAAAGAAACUCUUAACCCUUACUGGGCUGAGCAGUUUGAUUUGAAGUUCUAUCCAGAUACCCCAAUGGUGCUAGAGCUAACAGUGUAUGAUAGAGACAUCAGGAAGGAUGAAUUCAUGGGAAGGUGCCAAAUUGACUUAAAUAAACUUGCUCGUGAGAAGUCCCACAAGAUUGAAGCUGAACUUGAAGAUGGUGCAGGAAUAAUUGUCAUGCACUUGGCCAUUACUGGAUUAGAUGCACCAGGCUGUGAGUCUGAUCUUAGCGUACACAAAGAUGACCCAGCUCGCAGGAAGGCUAUAGCUCAAAGAUUUGGCCUUAAGAAUACUCCUAAGAAGAUUAAGGAAAUUGGAUGGCUUCAAGUUAAGUUGCACAGAGCUGUUGGGCUUACCUCUGCUGAUCUUGGUGGUGCUAGUGAUCCAUUUGCUGUAAUUGAGGUCAAUAACAAGCGUCUUGUAACAAAUACCAUUUACAAGACUUUGAAUCCUGCAUGGAAUAAGAUUUAUGAAAUGGAAAUAUCUGACCCACAUGAUGCACUGGACAUCACUGUGUUUGAUGAAGACAAGAGAGGAGCACCAGAAUUUCUUGGUCGUGUUGUUAUUCCCUUGCUUCAGAUUACUGCUGGUGAGAAACGCUUGUAUCAGCUUAAAAACAAGACUUUGGAAGGACGAGCCAAGGGUCACCUCAUUUUGACCUUGGAUUUCAUUUACAACCCAAUCAGAGGUGCUGUCAGGACAAUCAAUCCACGUGAACCCAAAGUACUGUAUGAACCACCAAAAUUCAAACGACAGCUUCUUCAGCGUAACAUUGACAGGACAAACAAGCUGGUGGCAAGUUUAGUGUCUGCUGGAGCUUUCGUAGGAUCCUUGUUCACAUGGCAGUACAAAUUUAGGAGUGCUUUUGGAUUCAUGAUCUACAUCAUGUUGUGUUUGAAUUUUGACUUCUACAUCAUCCCACUAACCCUGCUACUCAGCUUCCUGAAACAGUAUGUAGUGUGCAUGUUGCUGACAGACAGAAACGUCAAUCCAGAAGAUCAGGAAGGGGCACCUCAAGAUGAUGAUGAUGACAUGGAUGAUGAUGACGAUGCUGAGCCUAAAGGCAAGAAAGGGGAAAAAGGAAAGAGCUUCAAGGACAAGCUCAAUGCUAUCACCAGUAUAUGUUCCACUGUACAAAAUGCUCUAGAUGAGGUUGCUUCUAAUGGUGAAAGAUUAAAGAAUACCUUCAACUGGAGCGUCCCCUUCUGUUCAUACCUGGCYUGCGCUGCCUUCACUAUUGGUACUGUAGUCCUCUACCUUGUUCCACUCAAGUUCUUACUGCUUGCAUGGGGUAUAAACAAAUUCACCAAGAAGAUCCGUAAACCUAAUGCAGUAGACAACAAUGAACUUGCUGAUUUCCUGUCACGUAUUCCAUCCGAUGUUCAACUUAAAGAGAUAAAGCUUCUCAAGACUGAUCCAGCACUGAGACUCAAGAGAAUUGAUGGCUAAGCAAAUUAUCUUAUCACAGAAUAUCAUUUGUAGAAUCUUAGUGGUAAUACAUGGUACAAGACUGGAACAUCUUAAGUUGGAUGGAUGAGCAAGAGGUGGCCAAGUGGCAUUCCAAGACAGCAGAGAAAGUGAAUGGAGAGGUGGAAUAAAAGAAUAAAAUGAAGUAAAGACAAGCAUUAAUUGAAAUUUUUGCAGCAAACUAGUAUACAAAGCUUCUUAAUGGUGAAGCCUAGUACUCUCAAAUCAAACAUUGAAGUUUCCAUUUUAUUAUUUAUUUCAAGAAUACAUUUCACUAAAUUAUAAUUUAGAUUUUACUGUACAGAAUUGUUGAUGAGCAAAUUUAUUUAUUGUACAUAGGACAGUAAAUACGAAAUUGAUAGAAAGGAUUAGAUUAGAUGCACAACUAUUUGAUAUUUAUUUAUUUAAUGCUUAAUCUUUAUGGUUUCAAACUUUGGGAUGUUCAUUUUUAACAGUUAACAGUCAGGGGAAGAGUGAUUUCACUUACAUUUUCCAUGAAAUAAAACUCAAUAUCUACCACUAAUAGGCAAUGCCUUCUAGUCAAAAAGCAAUAAUAUAAAGAUAAAACUCUUUGCUUAUUUCAUGGAUUUAUAUGAAGUAAAACCACUCUACACCAUUGUUAUACACUGUAUGAAGCAUUUAGAUGGCAAAUAUAUUAGACUUGUUUAACAGACCAUUCAGUUUUAGUGUACAUUUUGAUAACUAAAUUUUGAAAUCCUGUAUUUAUUGCUUCCAAUAAUGGGUCUGUUGGUGGACCUUUUUCUACCAUAUUUGUCUGUUGUUCUGCCUUAGUUUAAGAAUCUGCGCUAUAAGUUUUAACUCACCCACCUGACAUAAAGGCUAGUUAUAUACAGUAGAUUUUAAAAUUUUUUGCAUUUUUGCACCAUUGCAAUAAAAAACACUUAAAUUAACCUACUUAUGAUUCUCUGUACUUUGACAACUGAAACAUAGUAUGUUACAUAUUAAAUGUUACCAUUAUGUCCCAA